AAGUUAAUGAUCUAUUAGUCAUUAGGGGAGUUUGCUCAUAGCGACACAGGAAGAAACCGUAGCUUCCUAAAUGCGACCGAAAUUUAAGCCAAUUAACAUAAAAGUGAUCACAAUUUGGAACGAGUAAAUUUGUAUUAUUCUACGUUUCCAAUUACCACGCAUAUAUUUAUGUAUUAUAUAUGCGCAGCUAUAAAAGUAAAAGCUAUAUCAAUACAGAAUUUAGUUUUCGUUACUACUAUCUCUAGCAUCUUUAUAACGUCUAUAUACCGAUGAGAAAGAGCUCUCAAAAAACUUUUUGAUAACUAUUAAAGUCUUUAUCUUCGAUAUAUUUUGCUUUUGCUAAUUUAAGCUUCUCAACAUCACGUAUGUUUUCGUGAUCAAAUUUUCCAACGACUAAUUAAAAUUAAAGCCAAAUAUUCUUUUGCGAAAAAUAAUCAUUAUGAUAUGUUUUACUGAUUAUUAAUCAAAAUUAAUCAUUUUGCCUUGGAAGUUGCUUCUUAUUCUGACGUUCGUAUAUAGUCAUCAAUUCUUAUUAUAUAUGUUUCUACUUCUAUUAUCUUUAAAAAGCGACUAAUUUAUAUAUCAUUUAUAUUGUUAAUUUGGUCGUAAUUUGGAAACGUAGAAUAGUAUAAAUUUACUCGUUCCAAAUUGUGAUCACUUUUAUGUUAAUUGGCUUAAAUUUUGGUCGCAUUUAGGAAGCUACGGUUUCUUCCUGUGUCGCUAUGAGCAAACUCCCCUAAUGACUAAUAGAUCAUUAACUUCUCUUAGACAUCAUUAACGGCUAAAGAAAGUAAAAUUGUUUUAAAAUUUAUCUCAAUAAGAAAACACUGCUACACCGUAAUUUUGAAUUAAUUUCUAGCUUAUAGAACUUGCAGUUUUCAUAAUAUUUCUUGUUUUUCUUCUCUUUCUUCGUUUGAAGUAUCCGGCUAGAGUAAAGCCAGAGCAAAAUGGCUGCAACAUUAGUUUCACAUUUUCGUGUUCUCUCUAGCCAAGAUCUGAAGCUAUGUUCUCCUAAGCAAAAACGAAUCCGUGAAAAAAUUCAAAGAUAGAUUUUUCAGGAGAUCUGUGAAAAAACAGUUCGGCUCUCUGAAAACUGUCGUAGAACUCUAUAAAUUUUUUUCAUAUAUAUAUAGUCCGAAAUGUCCUCUACAAAACUGCAUCCAACCGACAUCUUGGAAAUCCAUGAUUCGGAAGUUAUGGGUAUUUUCUCUGAAGCCGAAGCACUCCUCUGUGGUCAGGUUUGGACUAUCACAACUGAAUGAACACAUAGGUUAUCGACUAUGUUGAAUUUCGUGGCACUGUUUUUUUUUAAACAAAAAGACAUUUUAUUGUCUUGGUUGUUUUAAUGAGAAACAUCAUUCUGUAUAAUAAAUGGCUAAAGAGAGGCUUGAGAAAAUAUAUGAUAUAGCACACAUCAUCCUCUGACCGAAGGAACAAAAAGCAAAAGAAAGUGUUUUUCUAAUCAUUUUCUUCCUAAAAUAUAGCGGGUCCCAAGCGUCGAAUGUGUUAACGGACAAAAAAUAACAGAAAGAUUAAUGUACUUGAAUUGUAUACAAACACACCACACAAACUCUUUGAUUGCUGUAUUUUUUUUAUUUGAGAAAAUGAAUGGCCAAAAUAUAAAAAAAGGUGAUUAACAUGAAUAAUUGCAGCCAGGUGCGUUGGCCUUUCUCGUGAGUAACCUUGCAAUUGGGCCAUUGUCCACCCAUGCGGACAUUUACGACGUUCUUCGCAUUGAACGGGUGUUUUCCACAGUAGAAGGGAUCGUUCAAUUGGUAGCUGUUACAGUUUCCCUGACUGACAACGAGUUGGAUGCCAACGUUGUCCGGGUUGAUACAGCCAUCUUCAUUUCCAUCGCUUCGGCAGUACAUUCCAUUCUCUUGAAUUCCCAACCCGGUGGGCGGAAUUUGAGAACCAUCGAUCGCCCUAGUCCGACCUAAGAAGAGAAAAGAAGCGCAAGUGAACCUGAAAGUGAUACUUAUGAUGAGGAAGAAGCGUAUAAAGAUGACACGGCCGAUCAAGAAAUAACAGAUCAAGAAAAUUUGCGAAAAGAUGUGGUUAAAGAAAUAUUAAAAACAAAACCAAAACGUCCAUUAUCAGAAGCGCGUCAAACAGAAUCAUCUCAAAAAACACAGAAAAAAUAA